UCCCCUCCGCCCCUCGCCGUUCCAUUAUAUCCGCUCGUGGCUACAAAUACUAUUAACCCAUCUCUGUUAAUAUAUGUAACAAUAGUUAUGAUAAUGAGAAAUAAAUAAAAUUCUCAAUGCGUUUCCCGAACUUCACUUCUUUUUACAAUAUUUUAUAUUUUCAUAUAACUGUAAUCAAACGUGUAUAGUUUAAUAAUAUAAUUAAUGUAAAAAAUAUAAUUUCCAUUAGAAAAAUGGUAGGGGAAUUGAGCAGCAAGGGGAAAGGGAACAUGGAACAUAGGAUCUGGAAGAGGGGAGGAAUGUAACUACUGAACCGAUGUCUCGUGUCAUCGGUAGAAAAUACUUUUUGGGGACACUUGAGAGAUUACCUUCCUCUAUCAUGCCGUGCCGCUGCACUAGACCUGUCGACUGGUAAUAUUGAAAAUGCAGAGAACUAGGGAAUGAUCACGAUUCAGUGCUAGAAUGAAGAAAUAGCCAUGGACUCCCUUGCCAAACGCAUCGCCUUCCUGACAUUUCCAGUUCUGACAUUUUUAUUCUCCCGAUUUCUGGAGAUUUCUCAUCACAUGAAUGUUCAUUUCGACUCAAUCGUCAAUGAUGUACCUGAGGAGAAAAUUUAUAAUUUCAUAAUUGUUGGAGCUGGAAGUGCAGGGUCGAUAAUAGCAGCUAAACUGACGGAUGCAGGAGAAAGAGUUCUGCUGGUGGAAGCUGGGGGUCCACCACCUCCAUUUGCUGACAUUCCUGCCUUAUCACCGACGUUACAACGAACCCCUUACGACUGGCAGUUCAGAACUGUUCCUCAGCUCCAUGCCUGCAAGGGCUUGAUAAAUAAUGUGAGUAAUUGGCCUAGAGGAAGAAUCCUAGGAGGCUCUAGUAGACUCAACAGCAUGGCUUAUGUUGAAGGACAUCCAGAAGACUACCGAGAUUGGUUUCCUGAUUAUAAUGAUUUUAAGAUUGAGGAAAUAUUCAUUCCUGCGAAACUCAGGUGGACCUCUGCCCUUGCUGACGCCAUCCUGGAAGGGAUAUCAGAAUUAUCUAGUAAAAAAAAAUAUAAAAAUCGUUUGAAUGAUUUCAAGAGAGUGCCUGUGGUGAUGGCUAAUGGAGCUCGAUGGAGUACUGACAGAUUACUGACGAAGGAGAGACUCGGGAAGGGACUCGAUGUUAUAACCCAUGCACAGGUUGAAAAGAUAAUUUUUGGCUUUAAUGCUGAGGCUCGAGGGAUAUCAUUCAGAAAACACGAUAGGAAAUAUGUUGUGACGGCUGAGGCUGGAAUAAUUGUUAGUGCUGGGGCUGUUGGAACCCCUAAACUGUUGAUGCUGUCUGGAAUUGGACCUAGAAAUCAUCUUGAAGAACUAAAAAUUCAUGUUAUCAACGAUCUACCAGUGGGUGAAAAUUUAAUUGAUCACGUAUUGACAGGAAUUGAUUUAGUCACUCUGAACUCUAGUUUAUCAGUCAGUAUAACUGAACUGUUGAAGCCAACAUCUGCUUUGAGAUAUUUCCUCUUGGGAGAAGGACCGUGGACAUCAACGGGAUUGGAAGUCGUGGGAACUCUCCACACAAGGUCAAUAAAUAAUACAAAUAAUCAUCCAGAUGUUCAGUUGAUGGUGAUGCCCGUGGGGAUAUCCCAAGAUAAUGGCGCACAAUUGAGAAAAUAUAUGGGAAUUUCUGAUGAGGUUUUUGGUGAAUAUUUCUCUCCCCUCGCACACAAAACAGGAAUAACUCUCGCUCCAGUUCUGCUUCAUCCAAAAAGCACUGGCGAGAUAAAACUCAGAAGCAAAAACCCUGAGGAUGACCCUCUGAUAAACCCCAAUUAUUUAUCCCAGGAGGAAGACGUUGCUACGUUGAUAGAUGGUCUAAUGCUCGUCGAGGAAUUGGUGAAUACAAAAUCAAUGAAGACUCUAGGGGCCGAAAUGAACAGGAGAAAGUUUCCAGGCUGUGAGGACUACGAGUUUGGUGGGAGGAAUUAUUGGGAAUGCUACAUUCGUCAUUUAACUCUGACGUCUUAUCAUCCUGCUGGCACUUGCAGCAUUGGAAAAGUUGUUGAUAAGAAUUUCAGGGUCUAUAACACGAGGAAUUUGUACGUCGUGGAUACGUCAGUGAUUCCGAGACUGCCCAGUGCUAACAUCAAUGCAGCAGUUAUGAAGUUAGCUAGCAAGGCUGUGAAACUCCUGAUCGAUUCAAGAAGGAAGAGAUCGAGACAUUUUGAUCACUGUCAUAUUAACGACUUCAUGCGUUUGUUGAGUAAAUGUUGAGAAAGGGUCUACCAUCGCCAAUCUUUAUGAAAAUUCAACUAUAUGUUCAGGAUGGCGGUGGUGUUAUAAUGUCAUGCAGCCAUCAUUUGCUGGAAACAAAAUUCAUCACAGCGACUACAAUUAAUUAAUUCAUUAAUUCUCUUGAUUCACACUUGCGAAUACUAUGUUGCCUCAAUCAAUAAAUCUAAUUUUUUUCAUGGCCUCAUCACCUGCUCUUAUUUCGGCAAUUAAUCUCAUCAACGAUUCACCACUUCUUCAUUAUCGCCUCCUAAUGAUCUUCCCUAUUCUUCUCAUUCUAUUAACCAGAGAAGCAUAGAAUAAAAAGUGUAAGAUAAUUCUCCAGAGGCUAUAUCCUAAUUGAAUCGAGACCCAUCGAGGCCAAUUUAUAUAAAGUAAAUUGUGUGAAUAAAUUCGUCUAGUUAAACUUA